GCGUUGGGCCGGGCUGGGUGCCCGCGCCGCCCGCGCCCCGGUGCUGACGGCCUGUGCUUGCCUUGCAGAUGCCUGAAGAAGUGCGGCACGAGGAGGAGGAUGCGGAGACCUUCGCCUUCCAGGCGGAGAUCGCCCAGCUCAUGUCACUCAUCAUCAACACAUUCUACUCCAACAAGGAGAUCUUCCUACGGGAGCUCAUCUCCAACGCCUCCGACGCGCUGGAUAAGAUCCGCUAUGAGAGCCUGACUGACCCCUCAAAGCUAGACAGCACUAAGGACCUCAAGAUUGACAUAGUCCCCAACCCCCGGGACCGCACGCUCACCCUGGUGGACACUGGUAUUGGGAUGACAAAAGCAGACCUCAUCAACAACCUGGGCACUAUUGCCAAAUCUGGUACCAAAGCUUUCAUGGAAGCUCUGCAGGCUGGCGCAGACAUCUCCAUGAUCGGGCAGUUUGGUGUGGGUUUCUAUUCUGCCUAUCUAGUGGCUGAGAAGGUGGUUGUUGUUACAAAACACAACGAUGAUGAGCAGUAUGCUUGGGAGUCAUCAGCUGGUGGCUCGUUCACUGUCCGAACUGACCAUGGUGAGCCCAUUGGACGGGGCACCAAAGUGAUCCUGUAUUUGAAGGAGGACCAGACAGAGUACUUGGAGGAGCGGCGCAUCAAAGAGGUGGUGAAGAAGCACUCCCAGUUCAUUGGCUACCCUAUCACACUCUAUCUGGAGAAGGAGCGUGAAAAAGAGAUUAGCGAUGAUGAAGCAGAGGAGGAGAAAUGUGAGAAGGAAGAGGAAGAGUCAGUGUCCAAAGAUGAGGAAAAACCCAAAAUUGAGGAUGUGGGCUCUGAUGAUGAUGAGGAAGAGGGAGACAAAGGUAAGAAGAAAAAGACCAAGAAAAUCAAGGAGAAAUAUAUUGACCAGGAGGAGCUGAACAAGACUAAGCCUAUUUGGACCCGUAACCCUGAUGACAUCACCCAGGAGGAGUAUGGAGAGUUCUACAAAAGCCUCACCAAUGACUGGGAGGACCACCUGGCUGUCAAGCACUUUUCUGUGGAAGGGCAGCUGGAAUUCAGGGCCCUGCUCUUCAUCCCACGCCGUGCCCCUUUUGACCUCUUUGAGAACAAGAAGAAGAAGAAUAACAUUAAGCUGUAUGUGAGGCGUGUCUUCAUUAUGGACAGCUGCGAUGACCUCAUCCCUGAGUACCUAAACUUCAUCCGGGGUGUUGUGGACUCAGAAGACCUGCCUCUGAACAUCUCUCGUGAGAUGCUCCAGCAGAGCAAGAUCCUUAAAGUGAUCCGCAAAAACAUUGUGAAGAAAUGCUUGGAGCUUUUCUCUGAGCUGGCAGAGGACAAAGAGAACUACAAGAAAUUUUAUGAGGCCUUUUCCAAGAAUCUGAAGCUGGGCAUCCAUGAGGACUCAACCAACCGAAAGCGCCUUUCGGAGUUGCUGUGUUACCACACGUCCCAGUCAGGCGAUGAGAUGACUUCGCUUUCAGAGUAUGUAUCCCGUAUGAAGGAGACCCAGAAGAGCAUCUACUACAUCACAGGAGAGAGUAAGGAGCAGGUUGCCAACUCAGCCUUUGUGGAGCGUGUGCGGAAGCGUGGCUUUGAGGUGGUGUACAUGACAGAACCCAUUGAUGAGUACUGUGUGCAGCAGCUCAAGGAGUUUGAUGGCAAGACCCUAGUAUCAGUCACCAAAGAGGGGCUGGAGCUGCCUGAGGAUGAGGAGGAGAAAAAGAAGAUGGAGGAGAGCAAGGCCAAGUUCGAGACCCUCUGCAAACUUAUGAAGGAGAUCCUGGACAAAAAGGUGGAGAAGGUAACUAUCUCAAACCGGUUGGUCUCAUCUCCCUGCUGCAUUGUCACCAGCACCUACGGUUGGACAGCCAACAUGGAGCGCAUCAUGAAAGCUCAGGCACUGCGAGAUAACUCUACCAUGGGCUAUAUGAUGGCCAAGAAGCAUCUGGAGAUCAAUCCUGACCACCCAAUUGUGGAAACCCUCCGCCAGAAGGCUGAUGCUGACAAGAGUGACAAAGCUGUCAAAGACCUGGUGGUGCUACUCUUCGAGACUGCUCUGCUGUCCUCUGGUUUCUCCCUGGAAGAUCCCCAGACCCAUUCCAACCGCAUCUAUAGGAUGAUCAAACUGGGGCUUGGCAUUGAUGAAGAUGAGGUGACUGCAGAGGAGCCCAGUGCAGCUGUCCCUAAUGAAAUCCUCCCUCUGGAGGGAGAUGAAGAUGCGUCCCGCAUGGAAGAGGUAGACUAA